AUGUCGUUUUCGCUGAAUAUAAAGAGCAAAGGCAAAAACAAGAAGAAGAGAUCGAAACCAGCUGGAAGUACUGUGGAUAUAUUUAACGAAGGUGUUGAUGGGUUACAAGAUGAGGAACUAGCUUCUAGCAAGAAACGAAAGAUACGAAUUACGGAAAUCUCAAAGUUUACAGAAGAAAAUGAAAAUGCAAAGAAAGAUGCAGAAUUAGUGAUAUCGAUGGAUAAUACUGACGAGCCUACGAAGAUGGUGACAUCUGUGGAAGAGUACGAGACCGUGCCCGUGGAGUUGUUUGGCGAAGCAAUGCUUCGAGGCAUGGGCUGGGAUGGCAAGUAUGAAAAAGAGGAAGAAAAAGCUAAAUCAAUAAAUGAAAAGAAACAGAUUCAUCCGGAGGGAUUAGGUAUAGGUGCUAAAGGUUCUAAUGCUAGUCUGGCAGCUGAUAUUGAAUCUUUCAUGCCCGUUGUCAAAGUAAAGAAGCAAAACUCAGAUGAUAAAUAA